GAAGAGAGGAGCGACAAGUAUGGCGGCGGUUUCAGAGAAGCCCACUAAAGACCGACUCCUGUCAGUCCUGGACGACCUGGAGGUUUUAUCACGGGAGCUGAUCGAGAUGUUGGCUCUGUCCAGGGGUCAAAAGCUGCCCCAGCCAGGAGAGGAUACACAGAUUCUGGAGCUGCUGGUGCAGAGGGACCGGGAGUUCCAGGACCUGAUGCAGGUGGCCCAGCAGCAGGGGAAGGUCCACCAGGAGAUGCAGCAGCUGGAGAAGGAGGUGGAGAAGCGGGACAGCGACAUCCAGCAGCUGCAGAAGCAGCUGAAGGAGGCCGAGCACAUCCUGGCCACCGCCGUGUAUCAGGCCAAAGAGAAGCUCAAAUCCAUCGACAAGGCCCGGAAAGGGAGCAUCUCCUCAGAGGAGAUCAUCAAGUACGCUCACAGGAUCAGUGCCAGUAACGCAGUGUGUGCUCCUCUCAACUGGGUCCCUGGCGACCCUCGCAGACCCUACCCCACAGACCUGGAGAUGCGCAGCGGGAUGCUGGGUCACAUGGCCAACCUGCCCACCAACGGCGUGAACGGACACCUGCCGGGAGACGCGCUGGCUGCUGGGAGGCUGCCAGACGUCCUCACCCCCCACUACCCCUGGCAGUCGUCGGACGUGUCGGUGGGCAUGCUGCCCCCUCACCACGGCAACGACUUCGGCCUGGAGCCGCCGGGGCACAACAAGGAGAACGAGGAUGACGUGGAGGCCAUGUCCACGGACUCCUCCAGCAGCAGCAGCGACUCAGACUGAGAGAGAGAGUGUGUUUGUGUGUGUGUUUGUGAGUGUGUGUUCACCUGGACCAAUGGCCAAGCUGAUAAGUCUCUCUCUUGACCUUCGUGUGACUGAAAGGUCAGAGGUCAUCCUGCUGUGCAGGCAGAAGAAAGUAACUCCUGGAUCAUAACCUGAGGAAUCCCUUCUCGGUGAGACGGCUGGAUUUCUGACAGUUUCCAGAGAAAAACAGCAGCUUUCCAGAUGUUUUCAUCUGAAACUUCAGUUUGUAGGUCUGUAGGGAGUCCGUUACUACAGUCAAGCUUCACAGAUUCUGCUGAUAAUAAACAACCAUAGCUGAUUUUCCUCCCUCUCUUUCUUUAUUAUUGUCUUUUUGUAUUUUGUGUGUGUGUGAGUAGCUGUGUCUUCCAGUGUUUGGCUAUUCUGUUAAGUCUCACUGUAUGAGAGGAAAUCUGGGAAUCUUUUACAGAAAAGGAUGAAAACCAGGCUCUGUUUGCAUAUUUAUGGUUUCCAGGGAUGUAAACAAAUUUACAUUCAAAUAAAGCCAGCCCAGUUUGUGGAAAAUUACACAUUCUUUUUACAACGAUGGAAGAAUCUGCACAAACUCCCUCAAAUCUGCAGAAUCUGGUGAUCCAGGUGUUUUAUUUUUUAUUGAUUGUGCCUGAGAUAUUUGGAAAUGAUAUGAGUGGUUUCUUUGUCCAUGUAAGAUACUGUGUAGAUAUGCUUGUAUAUGCAUGGUUUUGUAAAUAAAUACAUUUUUUGAAUAGUUAAAGGUUAUUUUGCUUCGGGCUGCCUGGUUGUGGAGUUUGUUCUUGACUCACCGGGUCAAAUGGAGAACUCUUUCUAUUUCACACACAAAUUGUCAAUUUUGAUCCAAGAUGGGAACAAAAAGGAACGAUCUGUUCUAGUGCACUCGCAAAAUUUGGGUGUGGUUAGUCUGUGUGACCCAUUACCUACAUAUA